AUGGAGCUGAUCGUGAAGGAAGCUCGCAAAGUCUGGAUUCCCAACCACCCUACGCACGGAUACAGGCCUGGGCAGGUGGAUGACAAUGCUGAUGCAGGGGACAAUCUACUGGUUGUUGAUGCGGAGGGCAAGAAGUUCCAGGUUCCCAAGGCAGAGGCCCUGGCAGUAGACCCAGCCUGCUUGACGGGCGUGGACGAUCUGUUGACCCUGGGCGACUUCAACGAACCUGCUCUCCUCCACAACAUCCGUGUGCGAUAUGAGGAGGACAAGAUCUACACAGGCAUCGGGACACCGAUCCUGAUCUCUGUGAACCCCUACCAGAACAUUCCUGGCCUUUACAGCGUGGAACGUAUGCGCGAGUACAAGCGCUAUGCUGCCAAAGCUCCCAGCCAGGUAGCAGGAGGUGGAUUGCCUGUUCACCUCUACUCCGUUGCUGAUGCAGCAUAUCGUGCAAUGCUCCAGGAAAAGGCCAGCCAAUCCAUUAUCAUCUCAGGUGAAAGUGGAGCAGGCAAGACUGAGGCCACGAAGCGCAUGCUCGCAUAUUUAGCCGAGCUGCAGUCUUCAAGGCCGCAUGACACAGGAGAAAGAACUCGUUCAGUUGAGUCACAAGUCCUCGACGCCAAUCCGGUCCUGGAAGCAUUUGGCAAUGCCAAGACGGUGAGGAACGACAACUCCUCCAGAUUUGGCAAGUUCAUAGAAGUGGAGUUUGACUCGGGCGGAAAAUUGCUCAGUGCACAGAUUUCCAACUACUUGUUGGAGAAGUGCCGCAUCGUAACGCAACAGCCCGAGGAACGCAAUUAUCACAUAUUCUACCAGCUGUGCGCCGCUGCUGCUCGGAAGGGUGAAGAUCUUCCCGAAGGGCUACAGCUGCAUGCAGCCGACGACUUCGAGUACAGCAAGGUUUGCUUGUCUAUUGCGGGUGUGGAUGAUGCCGCAGAGUUCGCCAGUGUCCUGGAGUGCAUGAUCAGCCUUGGCUUCUCCAAAGAGGAGCGCGACACCAUCUUCAAAAUCAUUGCAGCUGUGCUCCAUCUUGGGGAAGCCCAGUUUACGCACUGCGUCCGAGAAGGUCAGGAUGGAAUCUCCGUGGCAGAUGACAGCUCUGUUUCGUUGGCAUGCGAAUUGCUGGGCCUCCCUAUAGAGCAGAUGCAAGAUGUCUUGGAGCACAAGACCUUGGAGGACCCACUGACAAGGAAGAUCAUCCACAUGCCGCAAGAUGCGGCGUCAGCUUCGUUUACUCGGCAUUCGAUGGCGAAGGUGAUCUACACUCGCUUGUUCGACUGGCUUGUCUGGCGCAUCAACGAGAGCAUCUGCAACAAAGGAUCGCAGAAAGACAUCCGUAAGAUUGGCUUGCUGGACAUUUAUGGUUUUGAAGUGUUUGACUGGAAUUCGUUCGAACAGCUUUGCAUCAACUUUGCUAACGAGAAGCUCCAGCAGCAUUUCAACAUGCACAUGUUCACCCUGGAGCAGCGGUUGUACACCUCCGAAGGCAUCACAUGGGAUCACAUACAAUACCAGAACAACCAGCACAUCAUUGACACCCUGGAGCGCAAGCCACUUGGGCUCUUCUGCCUUAUCGAUUCGGAGUGUUUGAUGCGCUCAGCCACCGAUGCCACGCUUCUUUCCAAGAUUCAGAACUCUUACAAAAACUCCAAUGUCAUUUCAAAGGCAUCGAGGUUUGCAACAACGGAGUUCAAGAUCUCUCAUUAUGCAGGGGACGUAACCUAUAGUGUGGACACAUUCCUUGAGAAGAACACGGACAAGCUUCAUGCUGAUGUGGUGGCCUUGUUCAAAGAGUCGAAGCUGGAAAUGGUGAAGAAACUCUUCACCGACCCUCGCUUUUCACCUGAGACCAAGCCAGCUGCAGGUGGUCCGCGGCCACUGCGUCGUCAAAGUACACGCACCGGUGCCGACGACCAGCGCCGAGAGCGGCAGAAUGUGACUGUCAGCAUGAUGUUUCGGGAGCAGCUGGAUCGACUUGUCGAGGAUCUCAACAAGACGAACCCUCGCUAUGUCAGGUGCAUCAAGCCCAAUGCUCUCAAGCAGCCAAGCGAACUGGAUUCCCUGGAUGUACUGAGGCAGCUGAGAUGCGCGGGCAUGCUGGAGUCGAUUCGCAUUCGCAGAGCAGGCUAUGCAGUGCGCAGGCCUUUCAAGGAGUUUUUCUCUAGAUUCCGGAUCCUGGCACCGCACUUAGUAGCCACAGGGGCUGACCCUGACUACAGAAGCCUGUGUCAGCGCCUUGUGGCAGAGGUCGAAGAGCGACUAGGCAAGCAAGGCGUUGCUUUAGAGGAGAAGUCGUGGCAGAUGGGCCAGACACGUGUCUUCAUGAAGGAGGAUCUUGAGAGACGCAUGGAGCAGAUGAUCGUGGAGUCUGCUAAACGACAGGUGCAAACAAUUCAACGAUGCUGGCGAGGCUUUGCAGACAGGCGGAGGUUCCGGGUAUGGCGUAGUGCAGCACUCCAGUUCCAGGCGGCUGCUCGCACAGUCAUCAGGGCCCGCAGCUUCCAGAGGAUUCGAACAGCAGCACUGGACGUCCAAGCCUCCAUGAAGGCUGUGCUGGCCAAGGCACGUCUGCAAAAGCAGAAGGAAGCCUCCAUCGAGAUCCAGGCAGUUCUACGAACAGCUGCGGCACUGGCGCAGCUGGAGCAGCUGAAGCAGCUGAAGCGCCAGGCAGCGGUCGAGGCGGCCGCUGCUGAGGCAGCAGCGGCGGCGACGAUGCAAGCGGCUGCGGCCCAGUCGGCUGCUGCUCUGGCAGCCGCAGCCCAAGCCCAAGCUGCGGGGGCUGCGGCGGCGCUGCCAAAGCCGGCGGCCGCGGAACCGGAGUUCGUUGUGGACCCGGGCAACACGCUGACAGUGUCCGCAGAUGGGGAGCGCUCCCCGUCCAAGCAGGGAGUGCUCCCUGAAAUGCAGCGGAACGAGAGGAAAGAGGACGCUCCGCCUUCAAACGCUUUCGCAGAUCUGGAGCUGAGCGCGCGCAAGCUGGAAGCAUCGCCAAAGACGGGCAUUGGCACUGUGAACUUGGAUGCCAGCAUCCGAAAUGCGGCGCUGAACCUCGGCGGAGGAGGCGCUUUGGACUCGUUGCGGUCGGAACUCAUGGCAAGACUGGAGGGAGGUGCACGGGAAGGAGGUAUUGAUCCUUCGCACCCACUCAGCAGUUCGUUACGACAUGCAGAGGGCCUGCCUUUGAAGGGCCAACUGUUGACGAACGGCAAGUCCUCGCUACAAGGUCUUCCGGAUGAGGAGGAUUUCCCGCUGAGGAAAACCAUCAUGAACCAACGGAAAAUCAUGGAACAGCUGCAGCAGCAGUUCAAGGAAGCUCUUGUGGUCAAGCCGGGAGAAGAGGAAAUCAAGCCUCUCGAGGUGGAUGGGGAGGCAAGCCGGGAGCAGAUGCAGCAGCUCCAGGAUGAAAUCAAGAAGCUCCGCAGCACUAUCGGAACACUCAAGGCGAGCCUUAGCAGUUGCCAGCAGCAAGAAGCAGCGCGAGCGUCGGAAGCGACCGAGUACCUGGAGAAGGUUGGUUUGCUCUCUGCCCAGUUGGAGGACAUUCACCGGACGCACAGGGAGGAGCUGAGCACCGAGCGGAAGCGGAGCCAGGAGCUCCGAGGAGAGGUCGACAGGCUGAGCAAGAGUUUGCAAGACACGCAAGGAGAGGCUGCUCUCUGGCGGUCGGAAGCACAGCAGGCCACAGUCAGCUUCACUGUUGAGAAGGAGCGACUGGAAGAGCUGGAGCGGAGUCGCAAGGACUUCGUCUUGCAGGAAAGCCACGCGAAUUGGAGAGAGGAGAAAGACAGGUUACUCAGAGAUCUACAGGCCAAAGACCGAGAGCUGCAUGGUCUGAAGCAGGCCCUUGACAACAUUGGCUCGAGCCGCGCGCCUCUCGAGGAGCUCCAGAGGUGGAAGGCCGAGGCUCAGAGACUGCAAAAGCAGGUGGACCAGGCCGAUGUCAUAACCGAUCGGGCCUACACCAGUGCCCUGCGGUUGCCGCAGGCGAAGCGGACUUCGAGAGAGUACGAGUCCGCUGUUGGACAUCUGCAAAACGCAGCCUCCAGCCAAGGUGGCGAAAGACAGGCCCUAGAAAUACGCCGUCGUCUCAGACUUGUGCAAUCCGUGGGACCUUUCAUACUGCAAAAUCAAUUGCGAGAAGGGAGUGUUCCCGGCAACUGCUCGAACCUGCGUCCGCGACGGCAUUGGGAUCAUGCAGCUACGAUCAGUGCUGUGAGGCAGAACUCGGAAAAGCAGGCGCAAGAGCUGAAGAAGAUGGAGCUUGAGAAGAAGGAUCUGAAGGAUCAGAUGGAAAGUAUCCGGACUGCAUCUGAGUACUUUCAGAGCCAGUACAAGGCCACGUACGCCGAGUUGCAAAAGCAGAAGGCCAAAGCCGCCGAAGUGACGGAGGGUCGUAGCUCAGACGCACCGCGCAUUGUGAACACGGACAAGAUCAAAGCAGGUCAUUGUUCGCUCUUUGCAGCUGCCCAGCUGCCAGUGUUAAUGCCAGAGAGUGGGAGAUCGGACGCUCCGGUCGGCUUGGAUAGAAAGCCAUCAUCAGCGAAUGUGCCUGGCAAGUUCUAUGUCAACGACCAGCUUGAGCGCUUGAUGAUCGAUGAGCUGCGCAGCUUCAGCAGGCAGUCCCACAAUGCCGGAGGAUUUCUGCCAGCUGUGAAGCAGAUUGGGAAUGUGGCGGCUUUGCCUGGCAUUGUGAAGUAUUCCAUCGGCCUCCCUGACAUUCACAGUGGAUACGGCUUUGCGAUCGGAAACGUCGCUGCGUUUGACAUGGGUCUUCCAGAAGCCGUUGUUUCUCCUGGCGGUGUUGGGUUCGAUAUCAACUGCGGUGUGAGGCUCGUGCGAACGAACCUGCUCUAUUCGGAUGUGCAGCCGGUGAAGGAGACUCUGGCUCAGUCGCUCUUCGAUCACAUUCCCGUCGGUGUCGGCUCGAUGGGUAUCAUUCCUACGAAAGAGCAAGAUCUGGAGGAGGCACUACAGCUUGGCAUCGAUUUCUCACUUCGAGAAGGCUACGCUUGGCCCGAGGACAAGGAACACUGCGAGGAGUAUGGCCGCAUGUUGAACGCCGACCCCGGGAAGGUUUCCAGCCGAGCAAAGAAGCGUGGGCUGCCUCAGCUGGGCACCCUCGGCGCAGGGAACCACUACGCCGAGAUCCAGGUGGUUGAUGAAAUCUACGACGAGUUUGUCGCCAAGAAGAUGGGCAUUGACCAAAAGGGACAGGUAUGUGUCAUGAUCCAUUCUGGCAGCCGUGGACUGGGACAUCAGGUUGCCACCGACGCCUUGGUGGACAUGGAGCGGGCGAUGACGCGGGACAACAUCCGCACCAAUGAUCGUCAGUUAGCGUGUGCCCGAAUACAGUCAGACGAGGGCCAGAACUAUUUGAAGGGCAUGUCCGCAGCUGCCAACUACGCCUGGGUGAACCGUUCUUCGAUGACUUUCCUGACACGCCAAGCUUUCGCCAAGGUCUUCAAUCAGUCUCCUGAAGAUCUGGAUAUGCACGUUAUUUACGAUGUCUCCCACAACAUUGCCAAAGUGGAAGAACAUUUCGUAGAUGGCCAGUGCAAGCAGCUGCUGGUGCACAGAAAAGGCUCCACCCGAGCCUUUCCGCCGCACCACCCAUUGAUUCCUGUGGAUUACCAGUUGACCGGCCAGCCCGUCAUCGUAGGAGGUACCAUGGGAACCUGCUCGUACGUGCUGACUGGUACAGACAAAGGCAUGAGAGAAACCUUUGGCAGUACCUGCCAUGGAGCUGGGCGCGCUUUGAGUAGGAACAAGUCGCGGAAUAAUCUCGACUAUGGUGACGUCCUGAAGAGACUAGAGGACAUGGGCAUCUCGAUCCGAGUCGCCUCACCCAAGCUCAUCAUGGAAGAGGCUCCAGAGAGCUACAAGGACGUGACGCAGGUGGUGCAGACUUGCCACGAUGCCGGCAUCUCCAAGAAGGCUAUCAAGCUCAAGCCGGUUGCUGUCGUUAAGGGUUAA